CACCGCGGAAUGUAAACAGGAAGCGAACGUUUCAGCGGCUGAUUCGAUUAUCGUGUUGCUGCAGUAAAUCGCUCAGGAACUAGCGGUUUACUAUUUUCUGUUACGUGUCGCUGAAUUUCAUGCUAGUCGUGUGGUUCUUGUUACAAAAAAAAAUGAAUUAGCUCAUAGUAUGCAAUAUGGCGAACGUGAAACCUUAAAUUAAUGUUGGUGCGUUGUGGCGUUGUGAGUCAUUUACUCUAAGUCAGCUGGUCAAAAGAGCCAAACAUCGCGGCCAACGCAAAGAAAGAAGAAGAAAAAAAGCAACGACCACUUGAAAGCAUGAAACGACGCCACUUGUAGCCACAUUACCUCCAGUCGUGUGUCGCGUCCCUCUCGUGAAGGCUCGCCGGUGGAGCGGAGUGGUAACCAAUGGACACGGGAGACGCCUAAUCAGAUUUAGCUAGCGUCAGCUAGCUAGCUACUCUCACGUUUACUGUCACCAGCGGGGAUUCAACAUGGCUAAAAAGACGACAGGCAAGCCAUUCAAAAGUAAGUCACCCUCAGCUUUACUUCCUGCAUUAUGUUUCCUCUACUACACGAAUUAACUUUUAGAUCAAAUCAAGUUGUUGCUGUUUUUUAGUGUAGCCUCAAAUUGCACCUUUGAGUCACAUAGGGUAUCGCAUGCUGUCUGGAGGAUCCUCCGACAAGGAUGCAGAAAGAUGUCGCCGCAGAGAAACAGAAAUACAUUCUACAACUAAUAACUAGAUAAACGCAAUGCCACAAAGUACAAGUAAUACAGAAUAACAGAAAAAACACUUCAGAGCUCUUAGCAUUACCAGUAAAAUACUUAUUUGUCCAUGAAACAAGGUACAUUUAAAAGUUCCAAGCUCACGUCGAAGUGUAUUCCUGUACUGUUUCCCCAAGGUUCAUUUGGAGACAACGAUCUGUUUGACAGCUUAUUUGAGGAUCAAAAACCUUCAGUAAGGGGGAGAGCGACUCGUGGUGGAGCCAUGAAUCGCGCCCCUGCCAAUGAUAAUAUCUUCAGCAUGUUGGCGGAAGAGGUAAAGACGGAUGGUGGGGGCUCUGAGGACUCGGACGUCUCAGCAGCAGAUCCCAAUGACAUACUGAAGAACAUGAAGGACAUGGACGAUAUGGAUGCUGACCUUUUUGCAUUAAAGAAAAAGCCAAGCUCAGUUCCUGCACAAACAAAGCCACUUGGUAUUGAGGCGCCAAAGAAAGACUCUACUGCAUUAAAACAUAAUGCAAAACCAGGAGGAGGAGAAGAUGAACCCGGCACCGGAGGGAAGAAGCCAAACUCUGCACCUUCUAGAGCCGCACGCAACUACAGGAAGUUCAGCUUCUCCGACAGUGGUGGUGAUGAUGAAGGUCUUGGUCAGACACCACACGUUAAAGAUCUAGAUGACCCCCUGGCUGACCUUGAUGACUUGCUUCCUGAUGAAACAAAGCCAAAAUCUAAAUCUAGCACGCAGCCGCCCAAACCUGAACAAUCUGUGCAGACGCCGCCCUUGAAGAGUAGAACAUCAGCAAAGACACCAGGUGAUCUCACAUUUGAUGAUAGUAAGGAUGACCUGAUGGAUGCACUCGGUUUUGACAGUGACAAAAACAGUCCCAAGAAAAAAGAGACUUCGCUUUGGGCCAACAAGGAAAGGAGUGAGCCCCCUCAGAGAGCUCGCACUCGACUGGACGAGAUUCUGGAGAGUAUUCCUUCAACUCGUCACCUGGAGCGACCACCCACAGGAGAGAGGAAGGACCAGCCUCCGUCUCAGGAGAAGCAGCAGCAGCAGCAGCAGCAGGAGAAGACCACCGGUGUCAAAGAACCACUUUUAGAGGAUGAUCUCACAUUUGGGUCCUAUCAUCCCACUUUGGGAUCCACGGCUGAAGGACGUCAGUCCCGCAGACAGUCUGUCAGAUUUUCCACUGAGGAUGUCAGUGUCUCCACCCCAGAGAAGAAACCAAAACCCAUCACUGCCACCACGGCUCGACGCAGCAACUCAGCCGACUGGUUAGGCCUCAAGACAAACGGCGAUAAUACUUUUCUACAGGAUGAGACCAAAGAGACUACAGCAGAGUCUCCAAAGGCUCCCUCUUCUCCCGUAUUGGAGAGAAAGCCCUCCCUUACUGGUAGUCAUGUCACAUCUGAUGCAAGAAUGCCAGCGGAGACCCUGGCCCCUGCGAAACAGACUAAGCCAGUGGUUUCCGCAAUCCAGAAGGAAGAAGAAGAAGAAGAAGAAGAGGAGGAGGAUGACUGGUUAGCAGGAGCACUGAGCAGGAGGAAGGCUCUGUCAGCUUCAAACUCUGAGGCAAAAAAGUCUAAACAGGAAGAUUCUUUAGACCUGGGAGAAGAACCAGACCUGGAGUCAUUUGUUAGGAAACCAGUCACCUCACAGGCUCCCAGGGGCAGAGAGGACCCUACUGCAUCCGUCAAAGAAACCAGUAACACUUUUCUUGGAGAACCCAGCCCUGCUGCUCACUCCACGCCUGUCAGAGAGGAGAGGACCGAGCAAGAGUAUCAGCCUCAGAUGACUGGUCCCCUGUCAGUCUCUGCUCCUGGCAUUAUCCAGACCCAGUCCAGUAAGGGAUCCCAGAUGCUGCGAGGGCCCAACAAGGCUUCAGAUGAAACCCUGCAACAGCUGCCGUUGCUCCUCCCUUCGUCUGCUACUGUGCCUGGCACAUAUGAGUCAGUUCCACAGCAGAACAAAAUGCAGAACACAUCUACUAAUGCCCAGCAGCAGGUGAAAUUUUCAGCAGACAGUCUGCAGCAGCUGCUGCUACAACAGCAGAUGAUGCAGUCUCAGUUGCUGGGUGUUGGGGAUGCUGGGCUAAGGCACAGACUCAGCGACAAAGAGCACCAACCUGGGGAUUAUCAAGCUCUGCAGGUUCACGUCAUCCAGCUGGAGGGACAGGUGAAGACCCUGCAGCUGGAGCGAGACCAGAACCAAAUGAUGCUAGAGAGUAUCCAGCAGCAGCAUAAACAGGAUAUGGAGCUCAUGGAGAACACAAACAAGGCUCGUGUGAAGCUGCUCGAGGAAUCAGCUGCCCAGAGGGAGAUGCGAGCGCGGCAGGACUACGAAGGCCUCAUGGAGCGCCUGGCCACAGUGACACAGUCUGCUGAGCAGGAACGCUCAGAGCUGCAGGCUCAGUACCAGCGCAAACUGGCCCAGGCCCAGCAGGAGAGAGACCGCGAGGUGGAGAGACUCCGAGACCUCCAGAGGAAAUCUAUUUCAGAGAUGAAGAAAGACCACGAGGACCAGGUCCAGAGACUGAAGAAGUUAAAAGACGAGGAGAUUGAUGCAGUUACAAGCGCAACAUCUCAGACCAGGUCUCUCACUGUGGUGAUUGAGCAGAUGGAGCAGUUCUCCUCUCGGCUGGGAGAGCUCUCUUCUCGGGUGGAGAGCACACAUGAACACACGGCGCACGGCCUGGAGCAGGGGGCACGGCACAGAGACGAGCAGCUUAGAUUAAUGCAGGACCGGCUGGCUCAGCAGCAGAAAACCAUGGCGGAGGAGAGAACAUACCUCAAAGAAAUCAUUUCCAGGAUGGACACUCAGCUCAAUGAGCAGCAGAGGCAACUUGAGAAGGAGCGCUGGAAGAUGACGGCAGAGCAGGCCAAGGCAGAGUUCACCCAAAGAGGCCUAGAAGAGGAGCGGCGUGCCCUCAGCAUGCAGAUGAACAUGGAGAGAGAGGAGCUGGAGAGAGCCAAGAGCGCGCUGCUGGAGGAGCAGAAGUCGGUGAUGCAGCAUUGUGCAGAGGAGAGGAGGAAGCUGGCAGCUGAGUGGGCACACUUCCACGCCCUGGAGAAGCAGAGGCACGAGAGGGCCGAGCGAGAGGUCGGCAGUCUCUUGGAGAAGAGAGAGGGCUCCAUCAUCGGCCUUGCACAGGAACAAGCUGACCUCAAGCUUCGAACUGCAGAUGUGAAACAGAAGGAGAUGGCCGUGGCACAGGAGCGUGAGACUUUGGAGAGACAAAGGGAAGAACUAGACAGAGAGAAAGAAAGAAUAAGCAGCACAGGCCUGAGACUGAAAACACGAGCGCAGGAGGUGGAGGCCUUCAGCAAGCUCGCCGCAGACAAGUACGAAGAAGGAGAACGAGCGCUGCAGGAGGCACAACGUCUGGAGGCUGAGCACGAGGCAAGGCUCAGAAAUGUCCAUGUCCAAACAGAGCGGCUGAGGCAACAGGAACAACGCAUCCUUCAGGAGCGAAUGCGGUUUAAUCAUCUGCAGGAGACUGAAAGGCCGAGGGAAGAGCGCCACAUUCCCACUUUACCACAAAUGAUCCCAGCCAUACCAGACACAGUGUCGCCGAACCCUGAGCCAGCGUCGACCCUGAACGUUCUUCCUUCCACUUCAUUUAGCAACACUCAGUCAACGGCGCUCCAGGCCAGUCUGGCUCUGUGGAAGUACACCGCAGAAAAGGACCGUGAAUACCUCAAAGAGGAGCAGAUCUUUCUAGAAAAUCUAAAGAAGAAAUCCUACAGAUCGUCUCCCAACACAGAUUGGCCAAUGCAUGCUGGGAGCUCCUUAUAGUAUACAGUUACUUGAAUGUGCCAUUAUGCUUGAAUUUUACACGUUUUAGAUUUAUUAAACUUAUUUUUAAAAUCAAA